CAAGCUGCGACGAUCUGAGGAAGUUUUCGUCUCCUUAAUCCUUUGAGAUAGCAGACUUUCUCCCCUGGCUAUUUAAAGGGACCGCUCGCCUCUGAAGGAUCCAUCCCUCUGAGCGAGUUCGAGGGGGGCAUCCUCUCCAGGAACCCCGCGCACCUGCCUAUCCAUUGGCUGCCUCAAGGAGGGCCCUACCUCUGAUUGGCCUGCGGAUGAAUUUCGUCACCGAUAUCUUAACCUAAAAAGUUUUUUUUGUGGGGGGAGAAAAGUUUUACAUUUUCAGACGGCAUCGAGAAGUAUCGGGAGUUACAAACCCAGGGACACAGGCAACGAGGAGAAGGCGCAAGCACUUGGAGAUCGGCAAGGGCUCUCUGUCUCUCCUCUCUCUCCCUCUCUCCGCGAGUCCUCUCAACUGGCAUCAAGGGGCACCAGCAGUUACGUUGCAAUUAGUCGAGUGCAGCUUCAGUGCCGGAUCCUGACCCUUCAUUCUCCCAGAUAAGGGAGGCGGUGUAAUAGCAAACAGCGGGAGCAUCGAGCAGACCUGAGCUGGAAGGAGCAGUGAUCAGCACCAUGGCUUGCUUCUGGCCGGAGCGCGGCUUCCUGUUCCAGCUACUCGCCUCUCUCGCUUUUGCCAGUCUCCGGGCGAGAAGCGAGGGCGCGGGAGAUGCUUCGCACGGCGCCUCCAAGUUGCAUCCGUCUCGCCCCAGUCACAUCUCGGCGCUGGGUCGAGCCACUCAGGAUAUGGUGGCUGUGCAUAUGUUGAAACUGUAUGACAAGUACAACCGCGAGGGGAACCGGCCGAGGGACGGGAACACUGUCCGCAGCUUCAAGGCGACUGAGGAGACCAUUGACCAUAAAAUCCUCUACCAUUUCAAUCUGUCCUCCAUCCAAGAUUCCGAGCUGAUUUUGGCGGCGACUUUUCACUUUUUCGCGCAGAAACGUUGGAGAAACAGGCCCGCGUUUUGCAAACGCUCCAAAGACUCCCCGUGCCCUCUCCCCCAACCUCACAAAGCGCACCCGGUCCACUUGACCUUCAGAAGCCGCUCGGCCACUUCACCUUUCGGGAGGCUACUCGGGAACCUGAGCGUCACGCCCCACCGCCGGGGUACCUGGUGCCUGAACGACAUUACCCACAUUGUAAAGGACGCCAGAAGAGCAGAUGGAUUAAUAGUCACCGCCCAAAUGGAUUCUGCAGACAAAACCCCAAACCCAACCCCAUCCAGCAAUCUACCCUACAUCUUGGUUUAUGCAAACGAUUUGGCCAUUUCCGAGCCCAACAGUGUUGGACUCACUCUGCAACGCUACGGACCCUUCCCGCCCAGCGAGGAAGAGUCGACGCAGUCUCCUAACGCCUCCCGGGACUCUCGAGUAAGGAGAGAAACCUACUUCUCCUCCCCCUCCCUCGAGAACAACGAGCUCCCCGAGGUAGAGUACCAUCAUUACAACAAGCACCACCUCUGGGGGGAUACCUACCGCUCCCUCAAACCCAAGGUGCCCCGCAAGGAGAGGAGGAGAAAGGAGCCCGGUCACGGCGAGCAACUGGUCAGGUCGCAAGUGCUGAGCUUUGAUGAGAAGACCAUGCGGAAGGCGAGGAGACGGCAGUGGAACGAGCCGAGGACUUGUUCUCGGAGGUACCUGAAAGUAGAUUUUGCCGAUAUCGGUUGGAGCGAGUGGAUUAUAUCCCCUAAAUCAUUCGACGCCUUUUAUUGCGCGGGGGCCUGUGUAUUCCCAAUGCCCAAGGUGGUUCGUCCCUCCAAUCAUGCAACAAUCCAGAGCAUUGUCAAGGCUGUUGGGAUUAUCCCUGGAAUUCCGGAGCCCUGCUGUGUACCCGACAAAAUGAAUGCUUUGAGCGUUCUCUUCUUUGAUGAAUACAAAAAUGUGGUGUUAAAGGUGUAUCCUAAUAUGUCAGUGGAGACCUGUGCCUGCAGAUAGAAGCACAAAGAUAUAAAACAGGAACUGCUAAAUACAGCAUGCUGUAUUGCUGCAUCAUAAGUAAAAGCUGCAUUGUGUCUCUUUCAAAUUAAGAACUUGAUACCAGUUCUGUCCCCUUCCGCCUGCAAACAUCAACAUGCUAAUUUAUGGUGUUGAGUAGCGAAGUGUAUUUGGGGUUAACACCAGAUGUCAAUAUGUAGAGAACACAGAAAACCCAAGUAUUCUGUUUACAGCACACAAAUGCAUCCAUCAUCAGAUAAAGCAGUGUUUGCUAUUCCACAAUAUUCCCUUAAUCUGAAGGUAACAGGACAGAUUGUGGUACCUAAGCUCUCUUGUGCUCUUAUAUGUAAAUUAAUAAUAAUACCAGCAAUGGCAGUCUAUUUAAGUGUAGAUUAUACUAUAUUCCUGAUCUUGGUGUAUUGUGUGUGAGUUCAAAUCUUUAUUCGUCUUUUCACUUAUUUAAUAUUUUUAUUCCUGGUAGCAAAGUUUGUGCUUUUUUUUAAAGAGCAAAAGCAGUUAAAUAAUUGUAGGGCAGCUGCCAGAAGCAUGUUGCUUUUUAAUCUUAAACCCCAUCAACUAAAACAUUGACGUAAUUUUCUGAGAAGAGAAAGGCUAUUGAUUUUAUGAUAAUCAAAAGAAAAUUGCGAUUAGCUACCAACUUUUGUAAAUUGUAAAGAGAAUGUUAAUUGCAAAAUAGAUCAUUUUAAAUUAACCUAUAUCUGAUAUAUUACAGGCAAUGUAAAAUUAACUAAGCCCUGAAGUAUGUUACUAAUUUUAAUGUCCGCAAAGUUAAAACUAAUGAAACACUUGAAGGAAAAUGCUGAAGAAUUAUUUAGACAAUCUUCUAUGAAGGUAUUAAAGUUUAUACAUUUUGUCUGGAUUUGUUAACAGUUUAACUUCAAAGACAUGUAAAAAAUACAAAAUGCUUUCUGCCCAUAUGUGAUAUUCAAAGGUAAAAUACCCAUAAAUGUGUUUUCAGUAAUGCAUCUGUUCCUAAAAGUAUGUUCCCAGUGCCCAGAGCUUGCAUUUAAUAAUCUACAGUGUAUGUUCAAAGUACUUGAGAAAUUAAAGGUGGAAUUGAUAUGAAAUUAUGUUUUGUCAAGAUAUUAUUCAACAAAUCUACUCAGUAUCCUGAAAACGUUAGUCCUGUUAAAAUCCAUUUUUACUUCUCGGUAUUCUGUGUACUCUCACUGGCCUCUGUUUCCUUCUAAGAUAAUAUGCAGUUGGCCAAUUUUCAGGCCUCUAACCAAUGUCUCUCUUCUGCUUAUCCACAAGCGUGGUCCGAGGUCAACUCGAUCCAUGAUUUUUUUUAACCGCCCCUUUCAUUUGGCUAUGAAAGACAACUGAUUUGUCAUUGGGUUCCUCUUCUCUGCAUUGAACUAUGGAUACACCAUGUCUUAUACGAUGGACAUUUUGGUGCAUAUCUUUAAAAUGUCUGUUUUAUGGUCAUCAGUCUUUCUUGGUGGAAAUCCAGCAUUUUUUAUUUGUGUUCAUAGUUUGCUUGCUGGCAAUCAAAGUUGCAGUAUUACUUCUGUUUCCUUUCCACCAGAAUACAGUUAAAACUGCACAAUGGUCUUUGAGAAUGAACAGAUCUAACAUUACUAUUACAAAGUAAGCAGUCACUAUGCAAGAGAUUCUAGUGAGAAUUUAUUAUAAAGUUUUUUAUUUGGUGCUGUUACACUGUGGGAAGUGUAAUGACUUCAGUACAUUUGAAAUAUAUCCCUCAAGGAGCUUCUCUGAUUAUUUGCCUUUGCUUGGCACAUGAUUUAUUUCAUGCAUGGCUUAAGAA